UUAAUGCCUAGGAAUUUGUCGAACCCGUAUCAGUGACGGUGGGGACUGUUGCGUGCGGUGCUUGCCCCCGAAAAUUUCUUUGUCGGUCGCUUCUUCAACGGGUGGUUAGCAGGCAUCUCACCCUUUCUUCUUUUUUGACUGAGGUCCGUCGGGCGCCCCUUUAAAACCAGCGCUGUCAGCACGAUACUUGCCGAUCAGUGGCCGGUCAGCCAGCAUGCGAGUCCUGUUACCACUAGUCGUGAUCUUAAUGACCUUCGCGAUUGGAUCUUUCGGUGGGGGUCAUAGCAAAACUUUCGUUAUUGUGGCUAAAGACACCAGUGGCGGCGGUGGACAUGGCGUUGGGGGCAGUGGACAAGACGGUUGGUCAGGUGGAGGAGCUGAGAGUAAGUCUUAUCUUAUCAAAAAGCUUGGCAGCGGUGGAGGUCACACUGGAAGAAACGACCGUCAUAGUAAAAAAGGAAAGACCUACAUCAUUAAGAAGAUGAAUGACGGCGGUGGUGGCACCGGAAGAGGCGGAGGUUUUAAAAAAAUCCUUAUGAAACUUGGAGGUGGCAAAGGAGGUGGAGGAGGGGGCAGACAUGAGGCCGGUGGCGGUGGAGGGUGGAUGUGAAGCGGCGUCGAAUCAUUUGAUUAAAUUGAAGCAAGAAAAAUGUUUGUCUCACUCGAAGGGUGUAAGCUAGCGAAAAUCUACACGAACAUCAAAGUAUCGGAGUACGCUAUUCAGCGAUGUAUAGAAGUCAUUCGUUCGUCGUGCGUAGCUUCUCUGUUUCUGUUGCCCACAACAACCAUACCCCUUCUAAUCACAACCGAUAAAGCGCAUACUCCGCGAAAAGCGACGGUAUUUGUUGGUAAUAGAAGUGAGAACACGUUUGACAAGUAAAGAAAUUUGGAUACCGAAAUUGGUGCGGCGUCCAAUUAGGUGACAUUAUUAUUACUUAUAUGUAGUUAUUAGACGUGAACUUAGUGAUGUUCAACACUGAAGUUCCGUGCCGUUAUAUCAGUAUCAUCGAAACUAGGAAUACUAUACUACUAUAUCAGUACUAUCGAAAGUAGGAAAAACACAAUCGUUCAAGCCUUAACAGUGAUGGUUUGAUUAAACCGUUAUCGAAACUAGGUCUUAUUUAAUCGUAAAGCUCUACACUCUCGAGAGAGUCAAAUUGAAUUGUACCUGGUCACAAUAAGAACUGAAUAUUCAACAAGCCACCAGCCUGAUUACCAUCGACAGUCGGAUUUCGUAGAUGAGCCGCGGCUCGUUUGAAUCAUGAAAACAAAAACGUCCUAGCAAAAUUGAAAGCAAUGCCAUAAAACAUUUAAGCAUUACUUCAUAAUAGAACAUUUCGUUUCCAUCAUUGUAUAUAUCUAUUCAUUAUAAGUGUAUGCCUGCAAAUCAAUCGGAAGCAAAGCAGAUUGUCAUGUGAUGGUGUAUGGCAAUGUGAAAUUACAUUUGAUCGGAUUAUAUGCCCGGCGUACAACGUAAUUACGGAUGUCGUAUAUGACUGUACACGAAUAAAUAAGAGCAUGUUAAAAAAAUAUUGAUAUACAAAACAAUUGUUACAGUUAUACAUGGUCGAAAUGAAUGUAGAACGAUUGAAACAAAGACUAGCGUUGUUCUUGUUCGUCUACAGAUCAACUGUUGAUGUUCUGUAUAUAGGUAAAAAAACAAUACAGAAUAUACAUAUUCGUACAUAUACAAUAUCGAUAUUUUCGACGCGUUUACGAAGAGCUCUAUCUUCUUUCUUCUCCACUAGUUGCAAACGUCUCGAAGCAGCCUUGUGAAGCACCACGAUAGCGACCUCUCUGUUCUUUUUUAUAUUAGAUUUCGAAACGUAAUGACCGUUUUUAAGCAGAAAUUGCAAAUAUUUUUUAUAUUUCGGAAGAAGUUACUAAGUUAAAUAUCAGCGACGUUCUGCUAUUUUUCCGGUAACGCCACUAUCCCACCACGGUGAAACAUGUGUAAUUUCUGAAGGAAAAAUUGUAACGAGUGCUUUUUGCACUUCUCUAUUGAAACUAAAUUAAAACCAAGAAGGAAGCUUUGCAGAGACGGAAACUGAUAGUAAUCUGAUGGAACA